AUGACAUCGCCGGCGAUUAUUGGUCACUCCGUAGGCGAUUUUUUCGGUUCACCAGCUUCUCGACGUGGCUCCUACAUUAUCACUGCGAUGAACUCUACUGAUCUCGUAAGCAAUACGCCGAUCUCACCCAGCGAAGCCUUUGGUAACCGCGAACGCAAAAGAAAAUAUGGACCUCGAACAACAGCCCUUCAGGUUCUUGAAGACGUCGAUCUCACGGGAAGGACGUUUCUUAUUACGGGAACAACUUCAGGAAUCGGUACUGAAACGGCAAGAGCACUUGCUUUGAAAGGUGGUCAUGUUGUCAUGGCCAAUAGAAAUAUCGUCAAGUCAGAUGCCUUGAAAGAGAGGAUACUAGCAGAGAAACCUGAUGCGAAGAUCGACAUGAUCAUGUGUGACCUCAGCUCGCUCCAGUCAGUACAAGCAGCAGCGAACGAGUAUAAAAGCAAGCAUUGGCCCAUUCAUGCACUAAUUCUCAAUGCUGGUGUAUUUUCACCUGUACAAAAAACGACUAUCGAUGGUCUGGAAAGCUCAUUUGGUGUAAAUCAUGUCGCACAUCAAUACCUAGUCCGGGAACUUCUUCCAGUUCUCCGGCAAUCACAUGCCAGGAUUGUCAUUGUGUCAUCGCAUUCACAUAAUCAUACAGGGUUGAAACCCGACGAUAUGUCGUUUCAAGAGAAACUGACGAAGCUCUGUCCAACAGAGUGCACCGAGUUUGGAUACAGGCACUAUGCGUGUUCGAAGCUUUGCAAUGUUCUUAUGGGUAUGAAGCUUCACCGCGACGAGAACAGACAUGGAAUCUCUGUAUAUAUGUUACACCCAGGAACGAUGAUAGGCACAGAAAUCUCACGAAGUUACGGAUUCCUUGGGAAAUUUUGGAAUGUCGUCUCGAAACCGUUUACAAAAUCUCUUGAGCAAGGAGCUGCCACCACUGUCUAUUGCGCUGCAUCACCUGAAGUCCUUUAUCUAAGUGGCAAGUAUUGGGAGUCUUGCUGGGAUGACGAGAAGAAUCUAGAUGCAGAGCUUGCGCGAGAUCUAACUCUACAGGACGCACUAUGGGAAAAGACUGAUAUACUGCUGGACAAGUAUGAAGCCCACCGUCAGCCAAUAAAAACUGUAGAAACAGAUGCGGCAGCUUAAAUUUGUUGUUGAACCGUAGCAGUAAAAAACCAGCACAGAUUAGUUUCGCAGGAAAUUAUAUACGAGAUAUAUUGAUAAGUUGAUAUUUCCUUCCGUAAGUGUACACUAAUAGCUACUGAAAUCAACUACUUUGUGAUACCCAACAUUGUCUUGGAAAUGAUUGCCUUUUAAUCAUCUCCACUUCACUUUUCUUCAUCAAAUUUCACCGACCUUAAUACACAGCAUUUUCUUACAAAUCUGUUCUGAAUUUAUAUGCUUAUGUAUAUCGCUGCC